CUCGUCUAGGGUUCUUUGUUUGGUUAAACAUUUUAUCACCUAUGAGCGUGUGCGUGGCCAGCACUUGUGGAAGCUCUCCUCGCCACCACAGCAAUGCAACGAGGCCGAGAGAAAUGGGUUUUGGAUGGAGUGGCGAUUGGAGCGUCGCGAUGCCAAGGAAGCGCUUCCAAGCAACCAUUGUGUGCAUGGCUACUGAGCCCUACAUUAUUUCCAAGCUCGACUCCGCAGAACAGACAUACAAGGAGCUCACGGUGAAGCUUGCUGAUCCUGAUGUCGCGAAUGAUCCCAGCGAGUUCCAGAAGCUUGCCAAAGCCAUUGCGGACAUGGAAGAAGUGGUCACGUCCUACCAAAAGUACAAAGAAUCACAGCGUGAACUGGAUGAUCUGCAAGAGAUGAUAAAGUCUUCUGGUGACAAAGAGCUGGCCGAGAUGGCGGUCGAAGAAUCUGCAAUUCUAAAGGAAAACAUCACCAAUCUUGAAGAAUAUCUCAAGGUUUUGCUCUUGCCUAGUGACCCACUAGACUCGAGAAAUAUAAUGCUUGAAGUUAGAGCUGGAACUGGAGGCGAUGAAGCUGGAAUCUGGGCUGGUGACCUUGUACGGAUGUAUCAGAAGUACGCGGAACAAAACCGAUGGAACUGGAGUCCUAUUUCCCAGACAGAAGCGGAGAAAGGUGGCUUCAAGGAAUAUGUGCUCGAGAUAACUGGCGAUCGUGUCUACAGCAAGCUAAAGUAUGAAUCUGGCGUCCAUCGAGUUCAACGUGUGCCGGCCACGGAAUCUCAAGGCCGAGUACACACGUCGACAGCCACUGUUGCUAUCAUGCCCGAGGUUGAUGAGGUCGAAGUUGUGAUCGAUCCAAAAGAUAUUGAACUUACAACUGCGAGGUCCGGUGGUGCCGGAGGCCAGAAUGUGAACAAAGUGGAAACGGCCGUGGACCUGUUUCACAAGCCAACGGGCAUUCGAAUCUUCUGCACGGAAGAGAGGACUCAGCUCAAGAACAAAGCUCGCGCGUUUCAGCUCUUGAGAGCUAAACUCUACGAGAUGAAACUAGCCGAGCAACAAGAGAAGAUCAGCUCUCAACGCAGGUCUCAGGUUGGAACUGGCGCAAGGUCCGAGAAAAUCCGAACAUACAAUUACAAGGAUAAUAGAGUCUCGGAUCACAGAACCAAGAUAAACUUUGACCUCGAUUCUUUCUUGAGUGGAAACAUUGAGUCGGCCGUACAGGCCUGUGCCGCGAUGGAACAAAAACAAAUGCUCGAAGAGCUCGCGGCUUCUGUUUUGUAGCGCUUGGAUAAAUCGACCGGGAAACGAGAAAAAAAAAAUGUAACUUUGCGCAAAGAAUGAAAAAAAAAACGAUCUUUUGUUUU